GGGUUCCAUACAGCCAGCAGGUAGUAGCUGAUGGAAUCUGUCUGACACACCGGGCUGCUAGUUCAGCAGUGUGGGGAAAUACUGGUGGACUGUUACUAAGAAUCCGGCCUUCACCACAGUGGGGAUAGAGACGUUUACUGCCAGUGAUACAGGAAACUAUCAUGAUGGCGGUCUUUGGCAGCGCCGGUCGUUUAAUACAAUUUGCCAGGAGCAGCGUCAGUCUGAGUGUGAGGAGACGCUCCACCGCGGCUGCUUUUGCCCAGACUCCAGACACACAGGAGAACAGGAAACCUAAGACUGGCAUCUUGAUGCUGAACAUGGGAGGACCUGAGAAACUGUCAGACGUUCAUGACUUCCUGCGGCGGCUCUUCUUGGACACAGACCUGAUGAAGCUCCCUGUACAGAGUAAGCUCGGCCCGUUAAUCGCCAAGCGGCGCACGCCGAAGAUCCAGGAGCAGUACAGUAAGAUCGGGGGAGGCUCGCCCAUCAAACACUGGACCUCCAUGCAGGGGGAGGGCAUGGUGAAGCUGCUGGACGACAUGAGUCCUGAGACGGCUCCUCACAAGUUCUACAUCGGUUUCCGGUACGUUCAGCCGCUGACGGAGGAAGCCAUCGAGGAGAUGGAGAAAGACGGAGUGGAGAGAGCGGUGGCCUUCACGCAGUAUCCUCAGUACAGCUGCUCCACCACAGGCAGCAGCUUGAACGCCAUCUACCGUUACUACAGCAACAGAGGCGACAGGCCAAAGAUGCGCUGGAGUGUCAUCGACCGUUGGCCCACACACCCUCUGCUGGUGGAGUGUUUUGCAGAACACGUCAAAAACGAGCUGCUGAAGUUUCCAGAAGAGAAGAGGGACGACGUGGUCAUCCUGUUCUCUGCUCACUCGCUCCCGAUGGCUGUGGUCAACAGAGGCGACCCAUAUCCCCAGGAGGUCGGUGCCACAGUUCAGAGAGUCAUGGAGAGACUGGGACACUGUAACCCUUACAGACUGGUGUGGCAGUCCAGGGUGGGGCCCAUGCAGUGGCUCGGCCCCCAGACGGACGAUGUGAUAAAAGGCCUGUGCGAGCGAGGGAAGAAGAACAUCCUGCUGGUGCCCAUCGCCUUCACCUCGGACCACAUCGAGACUCUGCACGAGCUGGACAUCGAGUACGGGCAGGUGCUGGGGGAGGAGUGUGGGGUGGAGAACAUCAGGAGAGCAGAGUCGCUGAACGGAAACCCUCUGUUCAUGCAGGCUCUGGCAGACCUGGUCAACUCCCACCUGAAGUCCAACAUGCCCUGUUCCCGUCAGCUGACCCUCCGCUGCCCCAUGUGCACCAACCCCACCUGCGGAGAAACCAAGGCCUUCUUCGCCAACCAGCCACUCUCAUAGAACACACACACACACACACACACACACACACACACUGUUGCCCAUCCUGCUGCAAUUGUACCUGUAAAGAAACUGAAAGUCUUCUUCAAUAACAGAGAGCUCACACACACAAACAUGCAUCAAAACACACACGGUCUCCAGCCAGUGUCAGUUAAUAAUUGUAGUAAAAUAACGUGAAGCAAUGGACGUUUGUUUUAUUGUACCUACAUGCUGGACGGGAGGAGUUAAACCACAGCAAGUACCUUAACCUUAAGAAGUCUGUUAUAUAUAUAAUAAAUUACAAACAAUACCAUCUGAUUUCCAAACGUGUGAAUAGUAUCAGUAAAGACUAAUAUCUACCUUAACACUCACCUCAGAGCAAGAAUGAUCCGGUGCACCGUGCAUUAAAACAAACAUCCCUUUAAGGAUUUGCAUUGAUCGUAAAUCUGACACUUGGCAUAACCUGCUCGCUUUUCGCAAAGUUACACAAAAAAAAAGCACUAUUUUUGUUUUAGUUUUUCAUGUUUUGCUCGCUUGGUAACAUUCCUCUCGCCAAGCCCCUGCACAACUCCAUCAGAGACCCUGUUUCCCUUCACUCUGGUGCUGAAUGGAUAACAGUAGGACAUGAAGACAUCACCAUUCCUUGCAAUGUGAUUGGAGGAGCUUGGUGCUGCUCAGAGAGGCUUUACCAGCUGUGAGAUGUAGCUAUUAUACACAUUUAUUAAAGUGUUUAUUUAUAUACUCGUUAUUUUUUGGCCUGCUGAAAUAGUCUUCGCAUCUAGCGUCCCCUGGUGACACAUCUACAAAACUAGGACAGGAUAUGCAUCAGGCGCUUAAAAGUGCUAUGGAUUGAUGAUGAUGGAAGGAAGUGCUACUGGCUCCUGAUUUUCCACAGAGAAAUGAAGGCAUUUCCAAACUUUGUUUUCCGAAAGUUUACAGGCCGUCUCAGAUAUGUUGCCGAUGGAAACGCACAAACCAGGCUUGAGUUUUAGAUGCUGAUGUCCGAAACAGAUGUAAAUGAAGGCUGUGUAUUAAGAUGUCUUUAAGAUGAAAUAGACCCUGAGCUAAUUAUGUGAAAAUACUACUCGUAAACUUUCUGGUUCUUCAGUAUCAAAUCAUAUCUUCUAUAAGCCGUUCGUUCAGUUUCACUUUGAGAUAUCAAGUCGAAAAGUGAAGAAGUCCUUUUUGAUGCUCUGCAGGAACACCGUUAAGGAACCUUUAACUACGAUGGCGCUUUAAUUGUCCUUGAGCAGCAAGUUUUGUGUUGAGAAGAAUCACAGAUAAGUGUUUACAGUUCAGGUUAUCUAGAUGUUUUUGCUGCAGCUCCAAAAAUGUCUUCAAAGGUUUGAUCUCGUCUGCUGUCUCCGUCAGGCUAACACUCCUUACCUCUGACCUGUUCCAGCUCUACUGUUACGCCAUGAUAAGGUGCCUUGUUCGCUGGCUAACAAGAAAUACUGGACUUGUGCUUUCUGUAUGUUUUGACAUGGAGUAAAAAUCCUCCUCAAAUUUGAACUUCUCCUGCUGUGAUCUUGGUCAGGAUUUCUUCCAACUACAUGUGCAAGAAGAAAGCAAGCUAAUUGAUGAGGAAGGGCUAGCUAGCUAAGUGUCAGCAAACAGAAAGCAUCAUUUCUGAAAAAGUCUUCAUCCCGAGGAGUUUUAUAUGAAUAGAUAUUAAAGGACGGUAGAUGGAUCUGAAUAUUUUAGAUGCUGUGCAAACAACAAGGCUCCCUUGCUGGCUUGUUAACUAGCACACUAGUUCUUGCUUCCUUGCUAGUUAGCUCAUCAAUUUGUGUAACUGCAGUCCAAGGAUUAAAGUUGAUCUAGAUCAUUUGCAUUAAGUGGACUUCCUUUCCAGCACUCGGCAUGUCUAACCCUUUAUUGAAAAUGUUUGAAACCAUUGGUCAUCUUUUCUGCAGAGCUGCUAGCUUAUCCCAGCGACAACGAGCUAACUAACCUAAUGUUGCUGCAGUCAAGACACAAACGUGUGGCUAAUUUGUGCAGAAAUGGCAAUAUUUUCAGGUCCCAUCAGGAUGAUUGUCUGAUGAAUGGGGUUGUUCUCAACCAACAUGUUAUCUCAUUUAUUUUUGCGUAUUUAUUUUGACAAUUCAGUGUGAUGUCGAGUUUUGCUAUGUGGUUUUCUGUGAUUGCGUUGUACGUAAUACUUCACAACGAUGCUACAGCUGUGUAGUAACCUCUAAAGUACUUUUUGAAAAUGAUUUAUGUUGUUCCUUUGAUUGUGUUUAUAGCCGCACAAAUCCUUCUGUCUCUGCUGUGUGACAAAACAUCUGUGUUUUUGUUUUUUUAUAUGCUGAAGGUGUAAUAUUAGCAGUGUGACGACGCAUAACAACAAGUCUUCCUUUCAAAUAAAUACAAUUUGAAAAAGAAA